AUGGGUGUGGACGCGAACGGAUCAUCUUCUUCACUCAACUUCCUAAUCUACGGCCGAACCGGAUGGAUCGGCGGAUUGCUCGGCAAGCUCUGCGAAUCUCAGGGAAUCUCCUACACUUACGGCUCCGGCCGUCUUCAGGAUCGUCAAUCGAUCGUCGCCGACAUCGAAACCGUGAAGCCUAGCCACGUCUUCAACGCCGCCGGUGUCACCGGACGUCCUAACGUCGACUGGUGCGAAUCCCACAAGGUCGAGACCAUCCGCACGAACGUCGCCGGAACUCUCACUCUCGCCGACAUUUGCAGGGAGAAGGGACUCGUUCUGAUCAAUUACGCGACGGGUUGCAUAUUCGAGUACGAUUCGGGUCAUCCUCUCGGGUCGGGUAUCGGAUUCAAGGAGGAAGACACUCCUAAUUUCACCGGAUCCUUCUACUCCAAAACCAAAGCAAUGGUGGAGGAGCUGCUCAAGAACUACGAGAACGUAUGCACGCUAAGAGUGAGAAUGCCGAUCUCUUCUGAUCUAUCAAACCCUAGAAACUUCAUCACCAAGAUCGCUCGGUACGAGAAGGUCGUGGACAUACCGAACUCGAUGACGAUCCUAGACGAGCUCCUUCCGAUAUCGAUCGAAAUGGCGAAGAGGAACUUAACCGGGAUCUACAACUUCACAAACCCUGGUGUCGUGAGCCACAACGAUAUCUUGAAGAUGUACAAAGAGUACAUUGACCCGAGCUUUACUUGGAAGAACUUCACGUUGGAGGAACAAGCUAAGGUGAUUGUGGCUCCAAGGAGUAACAAUGAGCUCGAUGCGACGAAGUUGAAGACUGAGUUCCCUGAGAUGUUGUCUAUCAGAGAGUCUCUGAUUAAGUUUGUGUUUGAGCCGAACAAGAAGACUUGA